CGACGACGACCGCACCAUUUUAAUUCUUUACGCGACAGAAACGGGAACAUCUCAAGAUGUUGCAGACGGGAUAGCUCGAUAUUGUCGUCGUGGUCAUAUUAGAUCUCGAGUUCUGAGCAUGGAUCAAUAUUCACCGGCGAGUCUCAUCCUUGUCACUCACAUGGACUGACAAUUACAUCUGCCUUAGGCCGAUUUGAUUUCUGAAAACUUGGUUAUCUUUGCGGUCUCGACUACAGGAUCUGGUAUCGAACCCAGAUCUAUGGCAGAGCUCUGGUCAAUGCUUUUGCGAUCCGAUUUACCGGAAAAUCUGUUUGAGGACUUGCAAUUUGCAGUAUUUGGGCUUGGAGACACGUCGUACGAGAAGUUUUGCUGGCCUGCCAAGAAACUGUCUCGUCGGCUGAAGAGCCUUGGUGCAGAGGAGAUCUGUCCAUUGGGAGAAGGAGAUGAGCAACAUCGUUUAGGUAUAGAUGGAGCCCUAGAUCUUUGGAUAGAGUCCUUGCUUGAAGCCAUCUUACAACUUCUGCCUUUACCACCUGGACUCGAGCUUCUUCCAACGGACACAGUACCUCCUGCCCGGGUAUCAUUUUCUGUGGCGUCUGACAACGCUCCUGUAGAAGAUCCUCUCGACAGGGCUGAAGGAUAUCACUUUGCAACUUUGAGGUGCAAUGAUAGAAUUACAUCGCAUGACUGGUUUCAGGACGUACGCCAUUUAGAGUUUACAUUUGAGGAUGACAUACGUUAUUCUCCCGGUGAUGUUGCAGUCGUACAUCCCGUUGCUCCGCCAGAACAAGUGGAAGAUUUCAUGUCGUCCAUGGGAUGGGAGGACAUCUCCGAUGACCACUUCGAAAUCUCGCAUAUAUAUCAAGACCAAUCACUUCCCGAUCAUCUACCGUACAAAUUGUGCCUACGUGACAUCUUCACUCGCUACUUAGACUUCAACUCAGUUCCUCGACGUUCAUUUUUUCAAUACCUUCGAUACUUCACAAAGGAAGAGGCUGAAAUAGAAAGACUGGACGAAUUUUUAGCUGAAUCUGGAGCGGAUGAUUUGUAUGAAUAUUGCUAUCAAGUGAGACGUACUAUUCGCGAGGUUCUUUCGGAGUUUCGAGGUGUCAGAAUUCCGAAACAAUAUGUUUUCGAUGUCUUUCCUCCUCUAAGGCCGCGGCAAUUUUCAAUAGCGAGCUCCAUCAAAAAACACCCUCGUCAGAUCCACCUAUGCGUUGCAAUAGUUAAGUACAGAACCAAGCUACGUGUACCUCGUCAAGGAGUUUGCUCUAUGUAUUUAUCCACACUGGAAUCUGGCGACGCCAUCAAGAUAGGUAUCAAGGCCGGGUUUAUGAAAUUGCCAUCUACCAAUCAACCAAUAAUAUGUGUCGGUCCUGGUACUGGGGUUGCCCCCAUGCGUGCUGUCCUUCAAGAACGAAUAAAAAAUCAAUCGUACAAUAAUACACUCUAUUUUGGUUGUCGAUCAGCAUACAAAGAUCAACACUACAAAACCGAAUGGAAGGCAUGCGUCACCGCUAACGAGCUUACAUAUAGGGUUGCUUGUUCGCGGGAUGGGCCCGAAGGCGCCAAGCGCACGUAUGUGCAAGACCUCAUUCGUGAAGACAGUAAACGAAUCUGGGAGUUGUUGGACAUGGAGCAAGCGUGUAUUUUGAUCUCUGGUUCGUCCAACAAAAUGCCUGCUGCUGUCAAGGAGGCACUACAGUCCGCAGUCGAGCUACACGGGGAGAAGACGCCUGGUGAUGCGGCUGAGUACAUCCGGUUGUUGGAAAGAAAUGGAAGGUUGAGUGAGGAAUGUUGGAGUUAAAGUUAAAAAUGUCUUUCUCUCAUGACGCAGAGAAUGCAAUGCCUGCAUCCUGAUUGAGAUCAGCAUCAGCCUCGUGUUCACCCACACUCAGCCAUAGGAUGACGUUCGUGUAUUUCUGUGGUCUUCUGGCCGAUAUCAUACAGGUAGAAACGGAGACAUUCCAUUUAUGUCAA